AUGGCUCGUAAAGAAGAAUAUCAUCGUCAACAACAUCAAAUGCAUUAUGCUACAAUCAUGCCAAUUCAUACUACUAUUACUAAUGGAAAUGAUUCAAAUAUUUCACCUUUAACUCGAAAACAAACCAAUGAAUUAGAACGAGUAAAAGCUUUGUAUGUCGAAUUUGACGAUGCCUUUCAAGAAGAAACUAGAAAUCAUGAUUAUUUUGGUUUUCAACCAUCUCAUGAUGAAUCUUAUGAACCAGCAAAUUUUUAUCUUCAAUCAGUUGAAACAAUAUCUGAAGUGAAAAAUACAAGUUUUUCACCAUUUAUGCGUCGUCGUACAUCUCGUGAAAAUAGUCGUCCAUCGACACCUUCAGAUUCAUCACCGAAUCAACGACGACAUAAUCAUCGUCCUAAUCAACCUCCUCCACUUCCUCCUGCUUCGCAAAAUCAUAAUAUAACGAAUAUAAAUGGUAUAACAAAUUUAAGUCGAGAUUUUAAUAAUUUAAAUUUAAUACAUACAAAUCAUAUUGAUGAAUCACCAGCUCCAUUUACUCCCGAUGCUAUUCUAUUAAAAAUAAAACAAAAUGAAUAUGUUGAUGCUCCUGUUGUAUCAUCACAAUACAAAUUAUUGCUACCACAAUACUUUCUUGUUAAAUAUUUAGGUCGAAAACCAUGCGUACAAUUAUGGGGCUCAAAAGCAGUACGUGGUCCUAUCGAUGAAAUGGUAGAAAGUGCUCGACAAAUAUCAUCGAUGAAUGAAAUGCCAACAUUAGAGGCAUGUAUAAAUACACGUGGACUUACGCUUACACAUCGACAAUCACCAACACGUACUAAACAUAAUUCACGUAAUCAUAGUCCUGAACGUCAUCAACAUGGUCUUAUUCCAUUAGAACAUAUAUCUUAUGUUAUGCAUGAUGUCAAAUAUUCUAAAAUCUCGGCUUGUAUCGUUUUACGUCAACCGAAAAGUUCAUCUACUGACAGUAAAAUAACUAAUGAAACAGUAACAGAAUGUUAUGCAUUCUUAUUUCAAUCGAAAGAUCAUGGACAUCGUUUUGCUCUUUCACUUGCUGAAGCAUUUAAUGCCCAACAACAAUCUUCAAGAGGAAUAAAACAAAAUCAUGAUGAUAAAAGAGAAGGACAUUCACCUCGGCGUCGAUCAAAACAUCGACCUGGCCUUCAUCAACAUGAAAAAACACGAAGCAAAUAUGAUGAUACUUAUUUAAGAGAUUCAGAAGUAUAA